AUGGCUGAAAAUAUAGCAGUCACCUCUGCGGUGCCCUCUGCAGAGCCAGCUGCUGUCUCUGGUGAUUGUUUUUCUUCCCCCACCGUGACCGAUGGGACAGAAGUUGCCAGGAACAAUGACGUCACGGUAGCGGAUCGGGAGAAAGCAGCUCGUCUUAUUCAGAGGACUUAUCGCGGAUAUCGAACGCGACGUGAACUACAGGGGUUGGGGGUGAAUGCAUCUGCGCGAUGGUCUGAGGCCUUAAAGGAAGCAAGAUGGCGCCAACUCUAUCGUCCCUCCGUUUCGCCAGAGGGCACAGGCCCAGACGCCUCCAGACAAGUGCAUGAAAAAUGGGAAAGAGUCGUCAGCGUCGCUAUGCAAGUCGGCAGUGAUGACGGCAAGUACAGGAAAGAGACCGAUCCUUCAAAACGGCCCACAGCUAGUCCAGCGGCUACAGGACGACCCUCCGAAAGUGCGCCAGCGGAUGCUUCUUCCACUUCCAGAUCGCGAUUUCUCCAUUCAUUUCCCAUACUCCACCACGGAGUACCAUCUGAGAAGAUGGCCAAGAUGAUGGACCAACGGUACUUUCUUGAAAUGGUUGAUCUCAAACAUCGUCAUGGCAGCAACCUGCGCAAGUAUCACAAUUAUUGGAAAAACUGUCCCUCAACCCAGAACUUCUUCUACUGGCUUGAUCAUGGCGAGGGAAAAGAUUUAGAUUUGCCUGAAUGUCCCCGUGCGAAGCUGGAGCAUCAGCAAGUGCGCUAUCUCAGCCGGGACGAGCGGCUGAAUUAUCUGGUCACGGUAGACCAGGCAGGUCUCUUCCGCUGGGCAAAGAAUAACGAGCUUGUGUGCACGGAUAGUACGCGCUUCAAGGAUAGUCUCAAGGGUGUUGUGCCGAUUGAUGAGGACGCGCCACAGUUUAGAGGUCAUUCCGAGGCUGGUUAUCCGGUCGCAUAUGCGUCAAGCUCGUCUUCCUCACCAAGUCAGUCGUCGACUGAUGAAGACUCAGCGGACGAUAAUCCCAGCGAGCAAAUCAACCAAGGUUAUGAGGAAGCAAAAGGGGUCCACAAAUUAGCCCAUAUCACACCGUCAGUGGUGCGCGACCAUUUUACUCGCAAGCCCGCAAAGAGAAAGGACAUGUGGUUAUUCGUCGCGGACACUUCAUUUCGUCUGUACAUCGGGAUCAAGGAAAAGGGAGCCUUCCAACAUUCCUCAUUUCUACGGGGUGCGCGCGUUGCGGCGGCAGGUUUGAUAAAGAUCUGGAACGGUCAGCUACGCAGUGUAACACCUUUGAGUGGCCAUUACCGUCCACCGUCGGCCAAUUUCCGCGCUUUCGUUCACGCAUUGCAGGAUCAAGGUGUGGAUAUGUCCCAUGUUUCCAUUACAAAAUCGUACGCCAUCCUUGCAGGCAUGGAGGGAUACGUUCGGACAAAGCACAAAUUGCGAGCCUUGCAUGAGACGCUAGAUGAUUCAAAAGAAAAGCUUCUUCAUGGGCGACAAAGACAGAACGAUCGACAUGUUGAGAAGGAUGCGCAGGUGCCGGACGAAAAAGCCAUCCAUAAAGACCAGGCCGAAUGUUUAUCCGCAACGGCUAAUGAAGAAAGCUUGAGUGCGAACGAUAAGGAAACGGACGGUCGGGCUUUGCCUGCAAGGGUGAAGAUCCACCAGGCCUCCGCUUCGCAGGAUCCGAUAAACCCCAGUGAUGAACCUGCUACUAUGCCAGCUGAUGAUCAAUGA